AUGAGGAUAUUCCUUCCAGACCAGAGACGUCACAAGUUAACUUCUGCUUGUCUUGCCCUCCAGACCUCCUUUAGGCCCUAUGCGGCUCGGCGUAUGGAGAAAUAUGAAGUUCAGUUUGCAAAGCUACGGAAUUUUCUUUCUGAUGUGGAUUCUCCUCACAGCCGUGAAGUCACAAGCCUCCUUUAUCCUCUCUUCGUCUACCUCCAUUUGGACAUGGUACAGAACAGUCUAAAGAGUGCUGUGGACAGUUUCUAUAGUCGCUUCCAUGGCAUGUUCUUGCAGCUCCCUGGGCAGAGAGACAUUGUUGAGCAGCUGCAGACAACGAUGACCAUACAGGAUAUCCACUCCAACUUUAAAUUGCGAGCUUUUCUUGAUAACAAGUUUGUCGUCCGCCUCCAGGAGGAAAGCUAUAACUACCUUCUCUUCUAUCUUCAAAGUGACAAUAACACUGCUUUUUAUAAGGCGAUCACCCAACACAUUCAGUUAGAUGUACAGCCACUAAAAAGGACAGAGUACCAGCUUUAUGCCUGCAGUGGGUCAUCGUCACGGGGAGAGAGCAGCAGCCUUGAUCAAGCAGAUGUGCCUGCUCCCAUUUUACAGAACGAAGCCGCCCUCGAGCAGCUCCAGGACUGCAUCAAACGAGUAAAAGAUGGUCCUCACUCACUCACCACCAUCUGUUUCUAUGCUUUCUACAACACUGAGCAGCUACUGAACACUGCUGAGAUAUCCCCUGACAGCAGACUUCUGGCUGCCGGCUUUGACAACUCCUGUGUGAAACUAUGUAGCCUAAGGUCAAAGAAACUGAAAUCUGAGCCUCAUGAAGUGGAUGUGUCUCGAAUACGGCUGGCUUGUGAUAUUUUAGAGGAGGCUGAAGAGGAAGACCAGGGCGGAACAGAAUUGAAGAUACUUAGGGGACACUCUGGGCCAGUGUAUAGCACCCGCUUCCUAUCUGACAGUUCCGGCCUCUUGUCGUGCUCUGAGGACACAUCUAUACGCUAUUGGAAUCUUGAAACUUUUACAAAUACUGUCCUAUAUCAAGGCCAUGCCUACCCAGUCUGGGACUUGGAUGUCAGCCCUUGUAGUCUGUUUUUUGCAAGUGGGUCUCAUGAUCGUACUGACAGGCUAUGGUCUUUUGACCGAACUUUCCCAAUAAGGAUAUUUACUGGGCAUCUUGCUGAUGUUGACUGUGUAAAAUUUCACCCCAAUUCCAAUUACUUGGCCACAGGUUCUUCAGACAAAACAGUAAGAUUGUGGAGCUCCCAACAGGGUAAUUCUGUGAGGCUUUUUACAGGACACCGUGGGCCAGUUUUGGCCCUUGCUUUCUCCCCAAAUGGUAAGUAUUUGGCCUCUGCUGGAGAAGACCAGCGCCUCAAAUUAUGGGAUUUGGCAUCAGGUACUCUCUAUAAGGAACUGAGAGGACAUACAGACAAUAUCAACAGUCUCACAUUUAGUCCAGAUAGCAGUUUGAUUGCCUCUGCAUCCAUGGACAAUUCAGUUCGGGUAUGGGAUAUCCGAAAUACGUACUGCAAUGCCCUUUCUGAUGGGUCAUCCAGUGAACUAGUAGGUGUUUACACUGGGCAAACAAGCAAUGUUUUAAGUGCACAGUGUAUGGCUUGUAACCUUCUUUUAGUAACUGGGAUUGCACAAGAAAACCAGGAACAUUAG